CAAGUGUGUAACAGGGACAGUGACAGAGACCAUUGAAGCGAAUCAUAUCAAAUGAGGCAAUUAAUGAGAGCCUGGUUGCCAUGGGAAGCAAUCAUCAGGAGCCUGAGCCACCAGACGAGAGACUCUGUUUCCAUGAGCGAUGUGGCUCCCUCAUUAAACUCAGUAGUGACCGGCGGACAGCAGAACGAAGGCGCCCCCUGGAUGAGUUCAACAAUGGCGUGGUAAUGACACAUCUUGGCGCCCCCUACAGAUAGAGAAAUGUUUUGCAUAAUGCUAGACAGAUUGGUUGACAAGUGGUCAGGCUCGAUAGAAGUUGGCAUCACCACCCAUAAUCCGAACACCAUGGACUUUCCAGCUACCAUGACAAACAUGAGAUCAGGAACAAUAAUGAUGAGUGGGUGUGGCAUACUUACCAAUGGGAAAGGCACCAGGAGAGAGUAUGGCGAUUUUAACCUGGAUGAAUUGGUGGAGGGAGAUCGGAUAGGUCUAAUGCGAAAGCACAAUGGAUCAUUGCAUUACUACAUUAAUGGAGUGGAUCAGGGUGUUGCUGCCACGCGAGUGCCUAACAUCGUUUUUGGCGUCAUUGAUCUAUAUGGCAUGGCUGUGAAGGUGAAGCUUACAGACGAUGACAAUGUCCAGAGUAUCGCUCGCACGUUUGGUGUGAACUUCGAAACCAGAGCUCAGAGUCUCUUCCAACAACUAUCACAAAUGUACAUGACGGAUAUACCCAUGCCAGUGCUGCCCUCUCCUGACCUGGACGCAGACAGGCUACUGUUUCACCCUCACUGUGGCACUCACGCACGUGUCGUGGACGGUGGCCGGGCUGCCAUCAGACCAAACGCCAUCGUUGAUUUCAACAACGCGGUCGUGCUAACGAAUCGGCCGCUGCGGCCGAACGAGUUGUUCGAGAUCCAGAUAGACAAUUGGGGUCCAUCACUUGCAGGGCUUCCCCUGCCUCCUGUUGCUAAGGUAACAACCACGAGCAGCAGUAGCGUUGGCACGGACAGAGAGGAGGCGGUGAACUCCUCCUCCACGCAGGCAUCUCAGCUUCUUUUCCAUCAGCAGCAUGGGAAGAAUGCUGUCAUCACCGCAGGAGGCCUGACCGCUUCCCGGCCAAACGCACACGGUGAGUUUAACGAUGCCAUCGUGAUGUCAAAUCGUCCUCUGGGAGAUGGAGAGGUUUUCGAAGUCAUGAUUGAGAAGAUGGUUGAGCGAUGGUCUGGUUCUAUAGAAGCAGGCAUGACGACGAUCAAACCGGAUGAGCUGGAGUUCCCCAACACGAUGACGGACAUCGACUAUGAGACGUGGAUGCUAAGCGGGUCGGCCAUCAUGCAGGAUGGGUCGACCAUCAGAAAUGGCUAUGCCUGUGACCUUGACACGCUCACUGUGGGGUCGCGCAUUGGUAUGUCCCGCCUCAGUGAUGGCACGCUACACUACUACGUCGAUGGUGCUGAUAUGGGCGUCGCCUGCGUUGACAUUCCCUCAGGUGUGUAUGCGGUUGUGGAUCUGUACGGACAGUGCGCGCAGGUUUCAAUCAAGAGUGAGACGACCAGGGUGCAGCCAGAGAACCACAGUCGCGCUGCGAUAGACUCUGACCCACCCUCCGUGCCAUUCAUCACAGAGAUCUCUCAUCGAUUCAGCAUGUGCUGUGGGAAACACAUACUGCUGAAGAACAGUGCGUGUACGGCAAUCCGCAGUAAGAGCUAUGACCACGGGCUUGUGUUCAGCGCACAGCCGAUGCGACUCGACGAGAUAUUUGAGAUUCAGAUCGACUCCGUCUCGCAGGCACGUGGGCAGGCUAAAGUUCAUGCUGUGGUGGAUGUGUUUGGCAUCGUCGACACGAUCACCGUAACAAGCGCGUCCAUUACCCACAUCCCCGCCAGUCCUCGCGGCGGCGCUCCACUCGUACACUUCCUCAAACGCGAAACAUUCGACGAUGAAGGGGACAUUGACACCAAAGGCCAGCCAUUCGUGGAGUUUCACAACCACCAUGGCAAUCACAUUCGUCUGUCCAACAACAACCGCACAGCAACGAGAAUAGCCAGCUACAACAAUGGCAUCAUACUGUCGAGUAAACCCCUGCAGCCGCUGAAACUGUUCGAGGUGAGCGUUGACAGAGUCAACCCGGGAUGGAUGUCCGGUCUAGUCAUCGGUGUAGUAGGAACACCGCCAGAGAAGCUGGAGCUUCCACCGACCGCCCCUGCAGUGAAGGGUCUCUCGUGGCUGGUGCAGGGUAGCUCAAUAUUCCACAACGGCGUCAAGGUAUCCAUAGUAACAGAUGCAGAGGCUGAAGGGGUGGCAUCAGUAACUAGCGCGUGCGUGAAACAGGAAGACAAGGAGAAAGCUGACAUGGAGAGUGGCAAGACAGAGAAGCUUCUCAUCACACCAUCUGUCGAGCCAGCCAUCCUAAAAAACUGUGAAUACAUGAAAACCUGUGCUGCACUCAUCGCCUCUCUAGGCAUCCCAGACGUGUUCUUCAACUCUGCACUCAGCGUCUGCUACUGUGAAACGUGCUACAGAGCGCGGGGCGAUGAGCCCUACUUCAAGGGCGGAAACCCACCCAAAGAUUACGGCAUUCCAUUCGGCUGGUGCAGGUUCGCUCUGAGGAUCGCACCGAGGUUUGAGAACAUGAUGGUGAGUGAGAGCUGGCACAUGGCCUUCCACGGGACUCGGCUCGGCGCUGUACGAAGAAUCCUUGACCACGGCGAGCUGCUGUUACCAGGAGACGUUGCGCUCGGAGGCAAGCGGCUGACGCCGUACGUUCAGCCCGUGGGGAAGAACAAGAUCAAGGAGGACAUUAGUCAGAUCUUCCUCUCACCGUCGGUGCACUACGUCAGCAACGACAUGUUCGCUCCUCGUCAAGAGUUCAUGGACACGCACAGUGUGACACAUAUGCAUGCACGCGUCGCCUUCCAGGCCUGUGUGCGGCCAGGCAGCUACAAGGUAGGCCCACAGACCAUCGGCGCCAGUCACACGAUCGACCCACACUUCAGCAACAAUGAGAUCGAAUGGUACACGAAGGAGCGUGGCGCUACAGCUCUCUACGGACUGUUGGUGAAGGUGGAGCAGUGGCAGCACCUGAACGCGAUGUCCUACACGUGGCAGCACCUGAACGCGAUGUCCUACAGGUGGCAGCACCUGAACGCGAUGUCCUACAGAUGGCAGCACCUGAACGCGAUGUCCUACAGGUGGCAGCACCUGCACGCCAUGUCCUACAGGUCGUUAACACGACGUCGGCGGCGACCAUCGUCACGGUGACAAGCAACCCGCCUUUGUCCGCGCGUAGUCAUCUGGACAGAGGUUAUUCAUUCGUUCACUCGCUCACUCACUCACCCAAACUCACUCGCUCACCCACUCAGUCACUCACUUACUCAC